AUGUCCGGCACUAAAAGGAAACGACUUCGUUCCAAUAGCGUUGAAGAAGUGGAUGCCGUUCUUAAGAAAGAGGCAAAAGUUGAAUCCACUUCAAAAGUUACUUCUAAAGCUGAUUCAAAAAAUGCCGUUCGUUGGUCCCUGCGUAAUUCAAAUUCAGUUCUAAUUGGCCAAUACCUUAAAAAGGGUGAUUAUUUGGAAAGCCGUGCAAAUAUUGCGGCAUUUGAUCUGACAUUAAUCACAACUAAAGGUAUUAAUAAAUUUCCAAAAGAUGCUAAUGAUUGGAAAUGGUUAAAAAAUGAAAAAAUUCCAGAAAGACUAGCAAAACUUUAUGAAGAAGGGUAUAAAAUUAUUAUUAUAAGUAAUCAAGCUGGGUUAAGUUCUGGAAAAACAAAUAGUGAUAAAAAAAGAUCUGAAUUUAAAAAUAAGAUUGGGCAAAUCGCAGAUAGUUUGAACGUAUCAUUUGACAUUUUUGCUGCAUUGGGUUACGAUAAAUAUCGAAAACCUAGGAUUGGAAUUUGGAAUUAUUUUAUUGAAAACAUGAAUGCUGAUGUUACUAUUGAUAAGGAAAUUAGCUUUUAUGUUGGUGAUGCAGCUGGUCGCAUUAAAGAUUGGAAACUUGGUGCACCUAGUGAUUGGGCUGAUACUGACCGUAAAUUUGCGGAAAAUAUUGGAAUUAAUUUUUUUACACCUGAAGAAUUUUUUGAUAAUGUUGAAGUUGCUCCCUUUUCAUACAGUGGCUUUAAUCCAAAAACGCUUUCACGAGAUGUUGCAUUAUUCACACCAUCGUCACAACUUGCUUUGCCGGCUGGUCAAUGUGAAAUGGUGAUACUUGUUGGAUAUCCAGCUAGUGGAAAAACAACAUUCGCUAGAAAAUGGUUGGCGAAAUAUGGUUAUAUGCAUGUGAAUCUGGAUACAAUGAAAUCAAAACAAAAAUGUAUCCAGUCUUGUGAAUUUGCUUUUAAGCACAAUAAGUCAGUUGUGAUAGAUAGCACAAAUCCCAGCAUACAAAGUAGAAAACUAUAUAUUGACAUCGCAAAAAAACACAAGGUUCCAGUUCGAUGUUUUUGGUUCAAAGCAUCAGAAGCAUUAGCAAGGCAUAAUAAUAUGUAUAGGCAUGUUAAUUCAGAUAUUGGGACUCAACCAAUACCAGAUAUAGCAUAUAACGUAUACAAAUCCAAAUUCUCUGAACCAAAAUUAGAAGAAGGAUUUCAAGAAAUAAAACAUAUUAACUUCGUAUUUGAAGGAAGUGAUAUUGAUAGAAAAAGUUUUAAUUUAUG